UCGGGGCUUUCUAUUGUUAGAAGAGAUGCAGAGGAGGAGGGAGGUGGCGGAGAUGAGACCAACUCCGGAGGGGGCGCCAACUCUGACACAGACUGUUCAGACGGGGAGAAUGAACAGAGUUCGAACGCUCAGAGUGCAGUGGAGAAGCCACACCCUUGCUCCCAGUGUGGCAAGACCUUCAUCACCGUGGGGAGCCUGAAGAGGCACACACAGACUCACAGCGGAGAGAAACCCCAUCGGUGCUCCGUCUGCGGGAAAUGUUUCUCACGCUCAGACGACAUGAAGAGACACCUCACCAUCCACACAGGAGAGAGGGUGAGCCACGUCUGUCAUCAGUGUGGGAAGACUUUCACCAGUCUGGGAGGGCUGAAGAAACACCAGAUGACCCACACAGGUGUAGUGGCUCCUUCUUCCAGGUGUAUAGAGGAUGAUGUCAUGGGAUGUUUGUUGAUGAUGAGGGCGCGGCAGCGUAGCCUAGUGGAGAGAAGCUGUUAUAUAAUACAUGUGUUGUUCCAGUGUUCUGAGUGUGGGAAAGGUUUCACUGCGCAGGGUAACCUUAAGAUCCACCAGCGCAUCCACACAGGGGAGAAACCGUACCAGUGCUCCCAGUGUCAGAAAAGCUUCUCCCGGCUGGCCCACUAUAAAGACCACCAGCAGACUCACCGGGAGGAGAAACCGUACCACUGCAAUGACUGUGGGAAAAGCUUCUCCUACUUCAAGUCGCUCAAGUGCCACCAGAUGAUCCACAAAGGGGAGAACCUCCACCACUGCUCCGUAUGCGGUAAAGGGUUCGCCAUCCGCGGCAACCUGAAGACCCAUCUGCAGACACACACCAAGGAGAAACCACACCAAUGCUCAGAGUGCGGGAAACGGUUCUCCCGAGCCCACGACCUGAAGAAACACAAGCUGCUCCACACGGGGCAGAAGACCUACCACAUUUGCCAGUGUGGCAAGAGCUUCACGGAGCUGGGGAACCUGCGGACCCACCAGAGAACUCACACCGGAGAGAAACCAUUCUGCUGUUCCUUCUGCGGCCGAACCUUCUUGCGUGCUGGAGACCUGAAGAGCCACCAGCGGACACACACCGGAGAGAAACCAUUCAUCUGCGCCAUAUGCGGGACCAGUUUUGCCCAAUCUGGCAACCUAAAAGUGCAUCAGAUCACACACACUAAAGAGAGGCCGUACCCUUGUGCUGUCUGUGAUACGGGGUUCACACACCGGGGAGUCUGAAGCU